AUGACCUGUUUUGGACAAAACAUAGGAAAAAGUGAAAAAACGACACAAAUAAAAGUCUAACAAAUUAAAAUAAAUUCAGAAACUUUAUAUGCUUUUACUUCAGGAUUUGCCCAAUCUUAAACAAUAAAAGAGUUAUAUUUAAUCCAUUGUUUUAUUACUUCUGAUGUUCUCGAAAAAGGUCUUAUAGAAAAUAUAUCACAAAAUAAGUCUUUGAUAUUGUUAGAUUUAUCAUUUAAUCUACUUAAUGGACAAGCUGGUGGUCUAAUAGGAAAACUACUAUCAUCACACUCUAAAAAUAGGGACGAUAGGAUAUGGUUAUGUGGAUUGAGAGGUGAAGUACCUGAAAAUGACGUUAAUUUGGAAGGAAUUUGUGAACUUAAUUUAAUGGGAAACGCUUUGAAUUACAAAAGUGUAAAGGAUUUGUGCUAUUUUUUACAAUUCGAUGGAUGGACAAGAAGCUUGAAUUUAAGAUACAAUUAAAUUGAUGCUGAAGGGCUCUUAGAAAUCGACAAAAUGCUUGACAAUAAUGAAAAUUUGAUCAGUUUAGAUAUAAGAAAUAAUCCAGGAAUUACUCCAAAUACAGAUGAAUUAGAAAAAUUCGGCGAAAGCUUGAAAGUAAUUUCGAAGAGGAUUUUUGAUAAACUUAUUAGAAAUAUUAAACUUUUUAAAGAAAAAAGAGAGAAUAAUAAAUUUUAAGAAGUUUAAGAAGAAUAAAAUGAAGAAGAUGAAGGUGAUGAAGAAGAAGAAUAAAAAUUGGUCUGCUAUAUAACCAAAUACAUUAAAUGA